GUUUUUUGUGUUAUGGUACCUGCUUUAGUCCACCUGUAGUCACGGUGAUAGCGAUUGGCCGUUAUUAGCAAAACAACAUUCCUAGAAACCUGAAUAGUUUCUUAGCAUCACACGUUAUGGACGACGAAAUUGAUCCAAAACAGUUUCGCUUUAUCCAAGAAGAGCAUGACACAAUAUUUAAGAAAAUCGAAGAGCUGAAAGAAUUAUUGAUUGAAGCCUCAGAUUCAGGUGUAAAACCGGACGAGGCUAGUGUGCUGAGUUCGUUGGGUUUAGCACAUUUCAAAAUUGAAAACUUUGAUUUAGCAAGACAAUAUCAAGAAAAAUAUCUUGCAUUAGCUACUGAGCUUGAAGAUGAAAAGGGAAAGGCAAGGGCUCACUGCAAUUUAGGCUGUACUUUUAAAGCCAUGGGAGAUUUCAAGCAAGCAAAAGGACAUUUUGAAACAGCUAUUGAUAUUGGACAUCAAGAUGGCAAUAAUAAAUUGUUAGCAAGAACUUACAAUAACCUUGGUAAUAUAUAUGAGCUAGAAGAAAACCUACCCGAGGCUUUAGACUGCCAUUUAAAAAGACUUGCUUUAGCUCACCAACUUAACGAUAAGAAUGGCAUUGGUAAGGCAUGUGCAACGUUAGGGAAUUUAUAUCACGUUACGGGUGAACUUGAGGCUAGUAUCCAGUACUAUCAGGAAAUGCUCAAGAUUCUACGCGACAAAUUAAGGAAGCACAAGAAAAGUUAUUGGAGCAAGAGAGGCUUAAAGCGGCUCACCCAAAUAAAAGUAAAAUACCUAAGUUCCCAAACCCGCGUUUCUUAAAAAAAGACAAGAAAGACGACCUUCUUUUAUGGAAAUAAAGUAAACCAGCUGCAACGUGAUUUUUUGUUGUUGAACUGAUGCAAAUAUAAACUAUGGACUAUCACAUCCAGAUUGUGAUUGGCUCAACUCAGGGAACUAUGGUCUAUAUAUAGAACAUAUAAUCGACAAAUUCUUCUUUAUGAUUUUUUUUUUCAAUUCGCCCUAUAGUUUGUUUGCGUGGAAAGAGAAUCCAAAAUUAAAGCAGGGAAUUUGUUAAGUUUAAAUAUUCUUCGGAAAAUGAUCUGUUGCUAAAUCCUUCAACGUGUUAAAAUUAUCCAAUGAUCAAGGCUUUCUUUUUUGCUAUUGAA